AGCUAUUCCAUCCUCGUUACAUCCUUUUUGGUGGUUAUAUCACGUACAGAAUUCAAUCGAUGACCUAAUAUGUAAAGGUCCUGACAGAAAGUCCAAUUUGCAAAAACUGAUACUACACUACCCACUAGCACACUCCACGAGUGUUCAGUUACCGAAUGUAGAGUGCAUGACUUGGUUCACGACCAUGUGGAACACCGUCUCGUGAGAGAUAGGGUGAUGAAAUUCCCCGAUGGGCCGUUGUCGAAACUCGGUUCAUGUACAUAGAAUCCUACCCUACAAAAGCCAGGUGGAGAAGGUGACACUUUAGGUCUCAGCAUUCUUGCCCAUCUUGAUAUGUUCUCCCUGUGGAACUGGCAGAUUGGGGCAGCCAUCCUCGGUCUACUAGGCGUCAUUGUCUACUCCUACCGCUCUCGCACAUUUCGCUCCCGUGUGUUACCCUUACCCCCUGGUCCGUCAGAGUCUCCUACCGGGCACUAUUCUCCCAGGAAGAUUGCUCAGUGGAUAGAAGAAUAUGGACCAGUCAUAUCUCUCAACGAUGGAAAAAAUGUACUAGUCAUCAUCGGACGUCACCAGGAAGCAGUUGACCUCAUGGAGAAGCAAGGCGCAUUCCUCGCAGACCGGCCUCGUUCGGUCGCUGGCGGUGACAUCCUUGGAAGAGGAAUGCGAUUCGUCCAAAUUGGCUCUGGCGAGAGGCUCCGCAAAUUUCGCAAAUCUUCACAUGCGCACCUCCAAGUGAGGUCUGCUCAGUCUUACGAGCCGGUACAGGUCGCGCAUGCGCGUGAGAUUAUUCUGGACAUACUGCACGAACCGAAAUUGCACCAGCAGCAUAUCAAGCGUUUUGCAGCAUCUGUAAUUUUGCGUGUCGUAUAUGGGAAAACAACCCCUACUUUGUUGAAUGACCCGUAUUUACUACAGCUGCAAAAGAUGAUCCCAAGAAUCCAGAGCGCGAUGGUUCCAGGCGCAUACCUCGUUGACAAGUACCCCAUCCUCAAAUAUGUCCCUGGUUAUGGGCGAAAUUUGAAAGAGUGGAGCCGGCAAGAAUACAACAUGUUAUUCGGCCAGCUAAAUGAGGUUAAAAGUCAAAUGGGCAGCUACAUCGCCCCUCAUUCAGUUGCAAAGGAUCUCCUUCUACACGUGGAGGAGAACCAGCUCUCCGAGACGGAGAUAGCAUACCUCUCUGGGUCCCUCAUCGGAGCAGGUUCGGAUACGACUGCUGUUGCGAUUACAACAGUUUUAAUGGCUGCUGCGCGUUUCCCACACGCACAAGCUCGUGUGCAUGAGGAGCUAGAAGCCAUCAUUGACCGAGAGACUAUUCCUACGUUCGAAGACUGGUCGCAGCUUGUUCAGGUUCAAGCCUUCAUUCUGGAAGCUCUUCGAUGGAGGCCCGUCAAUCCGAUAGGCUUACCCCACCGCGCAACGAAAGAUAUAAUCUGGAACGGCAUGUGCAUUCCUGCUGGUGCUACUGUCUUCGGAAAUCAUUGGAGCAUCGCACGUGACCCCUCUGUCUACCACGAUCCCGAAGUAUUCGAUCCACAACGAUGGAUCGGUGCAGACGGAGAAAUCAAAGAGAAUAUGAAGCUGUUCACUUUUGGUUUUGGAAGACGUGCAUGCCCAGGGUUGCAUGUUGCUAACCGAUCAGUGUACAUUGCUGUCGCUCUUAUCCUCUGGUCCUUCACACUCGCAGAAGACCCUGGCGAUCCCAUCGACGACACCGCCUUUACGCCUGGCAUAGUAUCACACCAGAAACCUUUCGACCUGAUCUUCAAGCCUCGCAUGGAUGAAGCAUCAUUGAAAAACAUCUUCUGUUCGAUCGCCGCAUAGGAGGUUUCCAGUGCGUGGCUGUCGGAGGCAUAGCGAUAGAUUUCUAGGUCUGUAUUGCAUACAUUGUACUUUCCUCGUAUGCGUGUAAUAAUAGCGUGAACAUGACGAUGUGGUUCAACCUGC